GCGCCGUGAUCGAUCGCAGGCUGCGUCAGAAUGCUCCCCGCGUAUAAAUAGGGGUGGCAGGACCGCGCCGAGCCGCACACAGCCAUCCACCUUCCCCUCUCCCACUCCCUCUCUCCCCGUUCUUCUCUCUGUAGGCCCCCAUCUCCGCCGCCGGCCGGAGGGGCUCCGACCGCCACCAUGAGUUCCUUCAGCUAUGAGCCGUACUACUCGACCUCCUACAAGCGGCGCUACGUGGAGACGCCCCGGGUGCACAUCUCCAGCGUGCGCAGCGGCUACAGCACCGCGCGCUCCGCUUACUCCAGCUACUCCGCGCCGGUCUCCUCCUCGCUGUCCGUGCGCCGCAGCUACUCGUCCAGCUCCGGCUCCUUGAUGCCCAGUCUCGAGAACCUCGACCUGAGCCAGGUAGCCGCCAUCAGCAACGACCUCAAGUCGAUCCGCACCCAGGAGAAGGCGCAGCUGCAGGACCUCAACGACCGCUUCGCCAGCUUCAUCGAGCGCGUGCACGAGCUGGAGCAGCAGAACAAGGUGCUGGAAGCCGAGCUGCUGGUGCUGCGCCAGAAGCACUCCGAGCCCUCCCGCUUCCGGGCGCUGUACGAGCAGGAGAUCCGCGACCUGCGCCUGGCGGCGGAAGACGCCACCAACGAGAAGCAGGCGCUCCAGGGCGAGCGCGAAGGGCUGGAGGAGACUUUGCGCAACCUGCAGGCGCGCUAUGAAGAGGAGGUGCUGAGCCGCGAGGACGCCGAGGGCCGGCUGAUGGAAGCGCGCAAAGGAGCCGACGAGGCCGCGCUCGCCCGCGCCGAGCUCGAAAAGCGCAUCGACAGCCUGAUGGACGAAAUCGCCUUCCUGAAGAAAGUGCACGAAGAGGAGAUCGCCGAGCUGCAGGCGCAGAUCCAGUACGCGCAGAUCUCCGUGGAGAUGGACGUGUCCUCCAAGCCCGACCUCUCCGCCGCGCUCAAGGACAUCCGCGCUCAGUACGAGAAGCUGGCCGCCAAGAACAUGCAGAACGCCGAAGAGUGGUUCAAGAGCCGCUUCACGGUGCUGACCGAGAGCGCCGCCAAGAACACCGACGCGGUGCGCGCCGCCAAGGACGAAGUGUCCGAGAGCCGCCGCCUGCUCAAGGCCAAGACCCUGGAGAUCGAAGCAUGCCGGGGCAUGAACGAAGCGCUGGAGAAGCAGCUGCAGGAGCUGGAGGACAAGCAGAACGCCGACAUUAGUGCUAUGCAGGACACAAUCAACAAAUUAGAAAAUGAAUUGCGAACCACAAAGAGCGAAAUGGCCCGAUACCUUAAAGAAUACCAAGACCUCCUCAAUGUGAAGAUGGCUUUGGACAUUGAGAUUGCAGCUUACAGGAAACUCUUGGAAGGUGAGGAGACCCGGCUCAGUUUCACCAGCGUGGGAAGCAUCACCAGCGGCUAUUCCCAGAGCUCUCAGGUCUUUGGCCGAUCUGCCUACGGUGGUUUACAGACCAGCUCCUACCUGAUGUCUGCGCGCUCCUUCCCAUCUUACUACACCAGCCACGUCCAGGAGGAGCAGAUCGAGGUGGAGGAGACCAUUGAGGCUGCAAAGGCCGAGGAAGCCAAGGACGAACCCCCCUCUGAAGGAGAAGCUGAGGAGGAGGAGAAGGAGAAGGAGGAGGCUGAGGAGGAGGAAGGAGCCGAAGAGGAAGAAGCUGCCAAGGAAGAAUCCGAGGAGGCCAAGGAGGAAGAAGAAGGAGGCGAAGACGAAGGAGAAGAAACCAAAGAAGCCGAGGAGGAGGAGAAGAAAGACGGAGGUGCUGGGGAGGAACAAGCCACUAAAAAGAAAGAUUGAGCCCCUCUUUCCUUAAUUGUUCCAGGAAGAAUUCUCCCGAAAUCAGGUCAACCCCAUCGCCGACCAACCAGUUGAGUUCCAGAUACUAUAUGAAUUAAGAAGUCAAUAUAUGUAUAAUUCUGAGAUGACUUAGGUUGGACUUUAAAUGUUGUGCUAUGACUUUUUUCCUUAUGCAGAGUAUCCGUUUGCUUGCAGAGUGGCUUCCUGGCUCGCUGCCAGCCUGUGCAUGGUCCACGCUUAUGAGUUCAGGAUCUAUGGCAAUGUGAAUAAUUCAGAUGUUUACAAUAAAACACACACACACACAUGAAUAAAUGAAUUCACUAAUGUUAAUGUUAAACUUCAUGGUAAAAAUAGCCCUUUGAACCUUUGGUGGUUAGAAAUUAAAGACCUCGAAUUAUGUGCAAUAAAUAGUAAAUAAAGUUACACUGAAUGUCA